UCAGCUACGGAUACGGGUGAUGUGAUGUGUCUUUUCUUGGAAAAAAUAACUAUUUAACUUCUUUUCAUUUAGUUGUAAAAGUAUAGUUUGUGUAAGAUUUUGAACGUGUAAAAGUUUGUUUCUUGAGAAAAUAAAGUGUUUCUAGGUUUAGUGUUUUAUUGGUAUCUCUAGAAAGAGUGAAAUUGCAGAUAUAGUUACUCAUGAAACAAGUGACGGGCUGACAAGUGUUGGAGUUGUGUCCUAUUGUAACACUAUGGAGUCCGAGUCCGAACAUCAACCGAAGCUUAGUCCUGUUAGGGCAUUUAGACUACUACAUAGUGGUAACAUGGAUCCAGAUGAAAAUUAUACAAGCCUUUCUGAAUACCAUGAUUAUGAACCCUGCUUGGAAUUUGAUGAUUCAGAAUUAGUUCAAAAUACUGGUUUAGCACCAUUGCCCCCGGAAUUGUUAGAUAUAGCAGAUGACUUUAUAGAUGAAACACCAAGUGAUGGAACCAUUGAAGAGAACUUUGAAAAAGAACUUGGUAGUCCAAAAGUUUAUGCAGAGAUUGCAACAACUAGUCAGGAGUAUGACUACUUUGCGGAACUUGCUAGAAAUGGUGCCAUUGAUGUAGUAGGAGAUGAUGAAGUUGGUCGCCGUAUCAUCGUUAUAUCUGCGUGCAAACUUCCCUCUAGCAAAGACUUGCACCCAGACAAAUUGUUAAGAUACUUGAUGUGCACAUUAGAUAAAUACGUGGAACAAGAUUACAGUGUAGUAUACUUUCAUCAUGGUCUCACUAGCCAGAACAAACCACCAUUAUCUUGGCUGUGGAAAGCUUAUAGAGCCUUUGAUAGAAAAUAUAAAAAGAAUCUCAAAGCUCUAUAUCUAGUUCAUCCUACAAACUUUAUACGUAUUGUAUGGCAAAUGUUACGACCCGCCAUCAGUGUUAAAUUUGGACGGAAGAUGAUGUACGUGAACUCGUUGCAUGAGCUCCAGCAGCACUUGGGCUUAGAGAAAAUACCCAUUCCAGAACAAGUAUUGGAGUACGACAAGAUGUUAGAAUCCAAAAAUUCACGAGGUGGGCGUCGCAAGGAAAAAGAUGGUGGUGCACCAGCUAGACAGGGCCAUAGUUCGUCAGAUGCACGAAAAUACGGAUUGUCGCCGCCCGCCACUCAGCAGUUUGGAGUCUCGCUGCAAUUUAUAAAGGAAAAUAAUCCCGAUAUGAUUGAUUCCAUUCCGCCCAUAGUGCGUCAAUGCGUUGAGUUUCUCUCCCAGCCAGAUGCCCUGGAGACCGAAGGGAUCUUCCGUCGAUCAGCCAAUGUUACAGUGAUAAAGGAGUUGCUCAGGGCCUGCAACAGGGGUGAACCGCUUACAUUCCAAAAUGAUCCACACAAUGCUGCAGUCCUGUUGAAGACUUUCCUUCGAGACCUCGAGGAACCACUGAUGACGUUUGAGUUAUAUGAUGAGAUCCUGAAGUUUCAAACCUGGUCUCAUCAGGAAAAGUCUCGUCAAGUGAAGUUUAUGAUUCGAGAGAUGCUACCUCUCGACAAUUACAAGCUGUUGAAAUAUAUCAUACAGUUCUUAUGGAAGGUGCAAGACAGGAGCUGCCUGAAUAAGAUGACGAGCAACAACUUGGCUGUAGUGUUCGGCCCAAAUCUCGCAUGGCCUCCAAAUGGCCAAAUGUCGCUGCAAUCCAUUGCUCCCAUUAAUGCAUUUACCGAUUUUGUUCUGGAGAACCAGGAGUCAAUUUUCAUAAUCUAAUUAUAUUUAAAAUAACCCAACGAAUCUAAUUUUAAUCUUACUUCGAAUUAUGUUAAGUUGCAAAUGAUUGUUAAUCGCCUCAAGGCAAUGUUUUCUCUAUCUUUUAAAUAUAGCUCGAGUGUCAAACAAUGAUACCCAAAUGCCAAAUGUAAUUGUACCCUUAACUUAAUCAACAUGAUUAUUAUCUUGAUGAUUUUGUUUAUUGUUUAUUGUCUAAUUAAUAUUGAUGUUAUCCUUCUAGUCCAAAGUUACAUUUGAUGUUAGUAGAAAUGUUUUAAGUAAAAUAUUAUUGAUGUUAAUUUACUAUAAAUGAUUUUAUGAUAUGUAAGUGUAGUAAAUAAUCGUAGGAAUCUAACAUUCUAGAUGAUCCCAAUGUACCUGCAAUCUACCAAGUAGCCUGUCCCUUUCCAUUCAAAUCAUCUUCGUAUUUUAAAAGGUAUAUUUAUUUUGUUUGCACUUUCUUUUUAUUGUGUAAGACUUUUGAGGUGCGGAAGAAAACAAGUGGAUACAAUCCUAACAUUGCACAAAAUUGGAAAAUAUUAUGAGGGAUUAUUGUUCCAUUUUGAAAGAAAA